ACUGAAAGUUCUUUCACUUCAAUGUGAUUUGACCUGCACGCAGAAAGCCGGACAUUUUCCUUUUACUGAUUUUUCAGUCUUUGUGGUUUAUUAUUUGAGUGAUUCAGCCAUGUCUUGGAUCAGUUUUUGGGGGUGUUUCCUAUUGAUAAUUACAUGCAACGCAUCAGGGCCCGGAGAGACGAGAGUAAGAUGCUACCUUUGCUCCACCAAGGACAAUGAAAUGGCUUGUCUGUAUCCAGAGUCAUACAAUGCGUCUCUGAUACAGUGCGAUCAGAGUGCAUUGGACAAAACCCGAGAAAUAGCCAAACGCAUUGAUGCCAGCUACGAUAAAAUCUUUGAAGUUGAUACUCACGCGAUGGCCAGGCACAUAGAACUAGAUUGUUUGAAGGUUGUUACUAAAGUGGGAAAUAAAAAAUUCACGUUUCGUGGCUGCCAGCUAGCCGAGCAAGCCAACCUGGACAUUUGCUACAAGCUGAAGACAAAGGACACAGAGUUUCUUAAAAAAGAACACUGCUCGAGGUGCAACACCGACCGCUGCAACUCGGCCUCAGACAACAAAAACGAGAUUAUUAUUUUUGGUACGAUGAUCGCAUCGUUGCUUUUUAUUAGAAUUUAAGGACUGAGCACAAGAGCUUUGAUUGUUUGCUGACUUUUUGUAGUACCAACCGAAAGUAUUCUAAACAUGUUUGGUGUUAAAUACUUUUUAAACUUUGUAAUAAUUUAUGUAGAAAGUAGUUUGAACGUGGCAAAUUGAUAAUAAAAAAUGCUUUCUGUACAAUUAGAACACUUUCGUAACAGUUUUAUACUUACAGAAGAUAAAGUUUCAAAAAUUAGUGCAGCACUGUUAUACAAUAUUGGAGAAUUGAAUACCAUGGUAUAUAGAAAUGUAAAUUUUAUAUAAAGGGUUGCUCGUUAAAAGUGUGCAUACGUAUUAUUAACAUAUUUAUAUUCACAAAAAUCAUUAAAACAUUGUCACUUUGUAUCACUGCUUAGAAACUUCGAUUACGAAAAUAAAAGUUUACAACAAA